GCCCACCCGCCGGCUCCGGUGGUUGGGCGGAGGAAGCGCGGGACUCCUCCUCUCCACCGUAUUAACAUGCACCCAGGGGCGGGUGACCAGCCCAGCUUCGCCGCCCCAGCCCGCCGCGUCCGGGCUCUCAGUCUCCUCGCCAGAGGGGAGCGAAGCGCUCCGGGCCCCGCAAUCCCCAGGACACGGCCUCUUCGACACCUUCGGCCCCGGCAAAUCGGUAGCAGCAGCGGCGGGAGCGGCCGCAGCCGCCUUGGAUCUUCUCUUUAGUCCUUCUCCUCACCCCACUGAGAGCCUGUCCCGACAGCGAGGACACCUCUUUCAUCCUACCGCUGAGGCUCGUGGGACCGACGGACGGACGCAGAGACGGAGGGUCGGACUGCGGGUAGCGGCAAGCCCAUGGUGCAUGGUGCUCUGGAGCACCUUCUGUGAUUACAGCUCACACUUUUUCCUGGGACAUUUUCUUGAAAGGAUCAGUGGACAUCCUAUUUACUCAGAUGUAAUCCCAGAUUAAUGGAGUUGUUGCAGAGCAGAUUACAUUUGUCUCACUAAGACUGGGCAUGGAAACCAGAGAGCAUUCACAUAAUUUGAGUCUGAGAGAGUUCUGGCAGAAAAUGAAGUGUUAUGCCACACCAGCGUCCACUCUCUGCACAGUUCUGGUUGAACUAAUGCUGUGAACUCUGGCCUCAAGAUCAAGAAUUGUUAUUCUACCUCUGCCACUGAUGGACUGUGCAAUGCCCACAAGUCUCUCCUGAGAACAGUUGAGCAUCACAUGCCACGAGUAAUAUUGGGUUUAAAAAAAAAAAAGAAAAACUGCUUAGUUUGGAUCUUUUCCUUACUUAGAAGCAAGAAAAAUGGAGAAUUGAUCAUCAAAGGAGGAACGAGAUGAUUAGAAGAGGGUUCCAUGGGAUAUGACUGAGAAGCUGAGACUGUGGCAAAAAGAGACUAAGGUCUUUGCAGGAGACGGGCCUGGAACCUAACCCCGGGGUGUCCAUGACCCCCUCAGUUGCACUCCGUCAGCUAUGAAAGGGUUAUCAGGCAGCCGCAGCCAUCACCACGGAGUCACCUGUGAUUCCGCCUGUGACUCUCUGUCGCACCACUCGGACCGCAAGCCAUACCUGCUGAGCCCGGUGGAGCACCACCCUGCGGACCACCCUUACUACACUCAGCGUAACUCGUUCCAGGCCGAGUGUGUGGGCCCCUUCAGCGACCCACUAGCCAGCAGCACCUUCCCGCGCAGGCACUACAACUCACAGCAGGAGCUGAAGGACGAGUGCGCCCUAGUGCCCCGCACCCUGGCCACCAAGGUUAAUCGCAUCCCCCCCAACCUCCUGGACCAGUUUGAGAGGCAGCUGCCACUCAACCGGGAUGGCUAUCACACGCUGCAGUACAAGCGCACGGCCAUGGAGCACCGCAGUGACAGCCCGGGCCGCAUUCGCCAUCUGGUCCACUCUGUCCAAAAGCUCUUCACCAAGUCGCACUCACUGGAGGGGCCAUCCAAGGGCAGUGUCAAUGGGGGCAAAGCCAGCCCGGAUGAGACACAGACCAUGAGGUAUGGCAAGCGAAGCAAAAGCAAGGAGCGGCGCGCUGAGCCCAAGGCCCGGCCCAACACCUCCCCUGGCUGGUGGAGCUCCGACGACAACCUAGACGGCGACAUGUGCAUCUACCACGCCCCCUCGGGAGUGAUGACCAUGGGCAGGUGCCCUGACCGCUCGGCCUCGCAGUACUUCAUGGAGACCUACAAUACCAUCAGCGAGCAGGCGGUCAAGGCCUCCCGAAGUAACAACGAUGUUAAGUGCUCCACCUGUGCCAACCUGCCCGUCAACCUGGAUGCUCCUCUCCUGAAGAAAAGCGCCUGGUCCUCCACUCUGACAGUGAGCCGAGCCCGGGAGGUGUACCAGAAAGCCUCAGUUAACAUGGAUCAGGCCAUGGUGAAGUCUGAGUCGUGUCAACAAGAACGUUCCUGCCAGUAUCUUCAGGUUCCUCAAGAUGAAUGGACAGGGUAUACCCCUCGAGGUAAAGAUGAUGAAAUUCCCUGCCGAAGAAUGCGGAGUGGCAGCUACAUCAAGGCCAUGGGAGAUGAAGAUAGUGGCGACUCAGACACAAGUCCCAAGCCUUCUCCCAAAGUUGCUGCACGAAGAGAAAGCUAUCUCAAGGCUACUCAGCCAUCCCUUACAGAACUCACCACACUCAAAAUUUCCAAUGAACACUCCCCCAAACUCCAGAUUCGUAGUCAUAGUUACCUGAGGGCAGUCAGUGAAGUCUCCAUCAACCGAAGCCUGGACAGCCUUGACCCUGCAGGCCUGCUCACAUCACCAAAGUUCCGCUCCAGGAAUGAGAGCUACAUGAGAGCCAUGAGCACCAUCAGCCAGGUGAGCGAGAUGGAAGUGAACGGGCAGUUCGAGUCCGUGUGUGAAUCCGUGUUCAGCGAGCUGGAGUCGCAGGCGGUGGAAGCCCUGGACCUGCCCAUGCCCGGCUGCUUCCGCAUGCGGAGCCACAGCUACGUGCGGGCCAUAGAGAAAGGCUGCUCCCAGGACGACGAGUGCGUGUCCCUGAGGUCCUCCUCCCCGCCGCGCACCACCACCACCGUGAGGACCAUUCAGAGCAGCACGGUGUCAUCUUGCAUUACAACAUAUAAGAAGACACCACCUCCAGUCCCACCCAGAACUACCACGAAACCUUUCAUUUCUAUCACAGCCCAGAGUAGCACAGAGUCUGCCCAGGAUGCCUACAUGGACGGACAGGGCCAGCGAGGAGAUAUUAUCAGCCAGUCUGGACUAAGCAACUCCACGGAGAGCCUGGACAGUAUGAAGGCUCUGACAGCCGCCAUCGAAGCUGCAAAUGCCCAGAUCCACGGCCCUGCAAGCCAACACAUGGGCAACAACCCUGCCACCGUGACCACCACGACUACCAUAGCCACCAUCACUACAGAGGACAGAAAGAAGGAUCACUUUAAGAAAAAUCGAUGCCUGUCUAUCGGGAUACAGGUGGAUGAUGCUGAAGAACCUGACAAAACAGGGGAAAAUAAAGCGCCCAGUAAGUUCCAGUCCGUAGGAGUGCAAGUAGAAGAAGAGAAGUGCUUCCGCAGGUUCACUAGAUCCAACAGUGUGACAACAGCUGUGCAGGCCGACCUGGACUUCCACGAUAAUCUGGAAAACUCUCUGGAGUCUAUGGAGGACAAUUCGUGCCCCGGCCCGAUGGCCAGACAGUUCUCCCGGGACGCCAGCACCUCCACGGUGAGCAUUCAGGGCUCAGGAAACCAUUAUCAUGCCUGCGCAGCAGACGACGACUUUGACGCGGAUUUUGAUCCUUCGAUUCUGCCUCCCCCGGAUCCCUGGAUUGACUCGAUUACUGAAGACCCUAUGGAGGCCGUUCAAAGGUCAGUGUGCCACCGAGAUGGCCACUGGUUUCUGAAGCUUCUCCAGGCGGAGCGAGACCGCAUGGAAGGGUGGUGCCAGCAGAUGGAGAGAGAAGAGCGGGAAAACAACCUGCCUGAAGACAUUCUAGGGAAAAUCCGAACCGCAGUAGGCAGUGCCCAACUUCUCAUGGCCCAGAAAUUCUACCAGUUCAGAGAACUGUGUGAAGAAAACCUGAACCCUAAUGCUCAUCCAAGGCCCACCUCCCAGGAUUUGGCAGGGUUCUGGGACAUGCUGCAGUUGUCCAUAGAAAAUAUUAGUAUGAAAUUUGAUGAACUUCAUCAGUUAAAGGCCAAUAAUUGGAAACAGAUGGAUCCUCUUGACAAGAAGGAGAGAAGGGCCCCUCCUCCAGUGCCAAAGAAGCCGGCGAAGGGCCCCGCGCCGCUGAUCCGGGAGCGCUCGCUGGAGAGCUCGCAGCGCCAGGAGGCCCGCAAGCGCCUGAUGGCCGCCAAGCGCGCCGCGUCCGUCCGCCAGAACUCGGCCACCGAGAGCGCCGAGAGCAUCGAGAUCUACAUCCCCGAGGCGCAGACCCGGCUCUGAGGUGCCCGGGGCUCGCCGCGCGCACUCCGCGGCGUCACCACCAAGUAUCUGUCUUCCCCUCCUCCUCUUCCCUUCCCACUCCGCCCUCCGAUCCCAUCUGUCUCUGAGCCCAGUGACUUCCACUGUCGCAGUGUAGUUGUCCAUCUUGCAGGAGCCGUCCCCCAAAAUCCCUUUUGCCCGGACCAGUUUGCCCAUGUUCUUCGCCGAGCUUCGCCACCUGUACUGAUGCGUCACCUUGCCUCAUCCGGAUAGCCAACCCUUUCUUUUCUUGGAAACCCCGAACCCACCUGUGUAGAAAUGGCCCCUUUAGGUCACCCACCAUCCUCAGUUCUCUCAAGCUAGUCUGUUCCUAGAGCUCAGCAAUACAAAACCAUAGGGUAGUUCAGAAAUCCAGUAUCACCGGGUGAUCCUUUGGGACUUAACCGUCUUCCACGUGAAAGAAACUAGGGCUCUGAUUCCCUUUAUUUCCCCUAAACGGUUAUUAUUUUGUAAAGCAGAUGGAGCACUUUAUUUCCAACCUCAGAAAUCACGCCAUCUCACCGGAAUCAAUGAGUGACAAACCAAGAGAGGACAGUUGGGCUGGGGGUGAGGGAACCUGGAUGUGUAAUGAGAAAGGGAGAAGCAAAAUCUGCAGGUGCUGGGGAUACUGGCACCACUCACAGCUGCACAAACUGCCUCACUGUUACUUCAUCAAUCACUGCUUCAAAUGUUUCAAUCAGCAGAAGAUUGUAAAUUCGAUCUUUCAGGGAAAUUAAUCUAUUCUGAAAGGCAAUAAAAUGAAGAGAGGCAAGGCAAGGCAAAGGAAGCAUUGAGAGUUAAGAUACUACAUAAGGGAUUUUAUUUUUUGUCCUAUUAUUAAGAAAAUUUAGACCUGAAAUGUUUUAUCAACUUUUAUUAUACUGUGUGUAUUAUAUUCUUGUUGUGGUGGUGGGGUAUUAAAAAGGCAAAAUGUUGGUUCUAUUAAUUUGUUAGUGUCCGUCCUGGGGGUUCUACCUAAUUACACAUAUAUAAGUAUACAUCUGCUUAUGAACUGCCGUAAUGGCAGCCAGGCUGUAUUCAGAGAAAAGUUUGGAUUUUCCUAUCAUUCCUUUGAAUGCUACACAUCCAUCUCUUUUAACCCAGUAGCUCAUAUUGCCGACAUAUUUUCUCCUUUAGUCUUCUCUCACUACUACCCAGAGUCCUAUCAUACCCCAGCAUAAGGAUUUUGUCCUACGUCAAACCGAUAAAGGAAAUUUUCUACCCCAACAGACAUGCUGCCUCAUUCCAAAGAACUGCCACUCAUCUGGAGGUCCCAGGUAGUGAGAGAAGAAAUUUGACCUGCAACGGUCAGCAAACACUCAGCAAACACAGGGAGAGGGAGAAAGUCAUGACUCACAAUCACUAAAAGAAACCCAGGCUUUUGGCAGAGAAUGUUGAUUUACAUUUUUAGUCAUGAGGGAUGGGCAGUAUGCACUUUGCGUCUAGCUGAAGUUAUCUUUAAAUGCCCUUACUCAUAACAGUUUAAACAUUUAGAAUGUGGUGAUCUUAAAGUAUCACUGACAUUUUAUGUCCAGCUCCCAUCCUAAAGCAUUAGAAAUUAUCAUUGAAAAUUGAAAGACUUUUAAAAACACAUCAAAUAUGCUUGCACCAGAGAAGCUUUUUUAAAAAAAAAAUACACUCUCAUAGCCAGGUGCUAGUUUAAUUUUAUUUAUGAAAUUAAGAGACGUGAUGGAUUCUGGCAACAACUAUUUUCAUGGACAUAUUCUAAAACCACCAGAGAAUUCGCUACCUCUCAGAGCCAUUGAUGCUUUGAGCUAUCUUUAUAAACAGGGCACAAAUGUUUACUGUUGUGGUUUACAAGAAAAGGGCUACUAACUUAUUUAAAAACAAACUUUUAACUAGGAUGAACAAAGCACCUUGAGUGCUUUGUAAAAUUGGAGCAUACAGAGAUUUUGAGCUUCAAGUAUUUGCUGGUUUUAAACAGAAUACACUUUUUCUUUACUUUGUAGCAGCAAUGGAAGGUCAUACAAAAUUUGCAUCAAGUAAGGCCAACUGUCGCCUUGGGUAGCCUAUGGUCACAUUCAAUCCUGCAAAUGACUUGGAACUCACAGAUUAAUCUGAAGGAAGCAGCAUCCAUUUGAAGACCCAUGUUCCCAACUACAGCUCUGUGCCCUGAGGUAGAGAUAAGAUUUGGAUUAAGAAAUAGAUUUCUAAUACGAUUCGAGAUCAUCCUACAUUUUCUUUGGAAACUGAUUAAGCCCAGGAUAUUUUAACUGAAGAGAGACAAGAGAAGGCCUAUUUAUCUUGUCUAUGUGAAUGGUAUUUGUAUAUUCAUAAGCUAUUUUUGGUAAGAAUUUUAAAUCUUUUAGCUAAAUGCCCACAGGCAUCAUGACCUUUGCUUUCCUUAAAAACAUAAAUUGUACAAACACUUUAUACAAAGCUAAUUAUCGAUGUUAAAACAUGACCCCACAUAAAGCUGCUUGUUAACCACUUGCCCCCUUUAACUGACAUUCAUGAGCAUAACUUUGUUAUAUUGUUCUUUUUGAUGUAAUUUGUAGAAAUGUUUUUUAGUUCAUAAUGGAAAAUGUACGUACCCUAAAAAAUUACUUAUUUUGUUUAACUUUGGUAUAAAGAUGUUUGGGCAUUUUCUUGGGGAGGGGGGAUUACAAAAGAAGUUUGUCUCCCACAUCAAAAAACGUUCAAAGAAAUUAAGUAUUUAUUAUAUUUUUUGCAGAUGUUUCCAUACAAUUCACAUAACCUUUUUGUAAAGAGAGAUGAAGAAAUGGAUUACAGAUUUUUAAUAUUUGAAAUGGUAAAUAGAACUAAUUUAUUUGUAAUAUAUUUCUGUUAUUUAUAGAUGUUUCCUUAAUGUUUUACUGUGCAUUACCACUUUAAUUUAAGCCUUAUCCUUGUGAAUUUACCAUUUCUUUUUUAAAACAUGUCUAGAUGCUAUUUUAAAUAACUGGAAUGUAAAUCACUAGCAUAUCUGAAUUCCCAAAUGUAAUUUUUAAAAAUUAUUUUGGUUUGGAAAAAAAAGAUUCAUUUGAAAGCCUUCAGAUGGAGGGGUGGGGAACAUUUUUAUGGCUUUAUGAAUUGGAAUUUCAUAGGCUUAUUUACCUAGAUUGUGUGUGGACAAAAAAAUGUAAAUAGAUGAAUGUUUCCCAUAAUGUAAAAAGAAGAAAUUAAUAAAAUAAUUAAUGCACUGCU